UGCGCGACCGUCAGCUUGGGUAGCAAUGCAUGAAGCAGCUCAUAGUUGUGUCUGUCACCUCCAUAUAUCUUCGAGUCCCUCGACGUACAUUUGACGAAACAUGUAUCAGCACAGUUUCAGACAAAUCGACACGCUUAACAAAAGGUUCCCGUGGCUUCUUUCUACUGGUAUAUCCGAGUUGUCUUAUACUCUCAUGAAAAAUGUCCAGAGUUAGCCUUGACGAUCGUCUCAACACCUUGGCUCCUACUGAAUACAUCUCGCCAAUAUGGUUUAAGAUUGUGGACUUUGUCAGCAGUGAGAAAACCUUACGAGACCGUUACAAGAGUACUGUCUGGCUUUUUGAUCUGCUCGAGAUUAUUCCCCCAAAACAAAGAACAAGUGAGACUCUGGGUGGCAUACGAGCUCAAUUUAACCAGGAUCCAAACUUGGUCAUGAAACGGAUCGUAGCCUUUGCCGAGGACUUACACCUCCAAGAGGUCUCUCGCAGGACUUUGAAGUCUAUUGAGGGAGCUGAUAUCAAGUUUUGGGAAGACCUUGGAACUCGUCUAGCAGGGUAUUCGACAGAUCUUGUGGAUAACACAAGGGAAGCUCGCUGGAAGACCAUCAUGACUGAGUCGUGGACUACGCACACUUCAUCGGACUCUUCCUCGAUGGGCUUCAAGGUCUCCCAAAAUGCUAUCAGAUUCAUGGAAAGUCACGCUCAAGAGUACGGUCGGCUGACCUAUUUCGCAUCUGAUAUACAUUGGAAAACAUACCUACAUAAACAAUUCGCGGAACUGAAAGACAGAGGAUAUGAUUCGCUAAUCGAACGACUCUCAGAAAUAUUUUGGAGGUCUGAUCUCAAGGAAUCACCAGCUACGAAGCUAGAGAUCCAAUUCCGAACCAAUCUUUGUAGACUGGCUGAGGCUAUCACAGGACAGAGAGAUGUCAACAGCCAUCUCGAGGCAAUCAAGAUCUUAUGGGACUCAUGUGAAGCUCGUUCACGAUACACAGACCUGUAUAAAAGGAUCUCAGACCAGGACACAACAAUAGCAGAACAGAGGCGAAUCAUCACCUGUCUGAACUACCGGCACGCUUUGGAAAAACUAGGGACAUGGAAAAAGCUCUGGACAGCAGCAGUACAGGCAGAAGCUGAUCAGCUGUGGACUGAACGAUCGGCGAACUCACAGACCGAGCGCCAUCUCACCCCGGUCCUCAAAUAUCAAUUCGAGACUUGGUACAAGUACACCAAGCCAAAGCCAACACGGAGCCCACAGCUAAAUGAUUACAUGGCAUGGCCUGGUUAUGUCCGAGGUCUGGGCUUCUUUGGUGACCUCAGUAACGACAUCCACAGACAUGGGAGCGAGUAUGAGUUCAGCAAGACUCAGUGGUUAAAGACAGAUCAAGUGAUCCUUGAGCUGAUCAAGCCGAAGCAGGCCCCGGGACAGGACGUCGACUGGGCCAAUGAAGUGGCGCGCAUAUCAAAGGGAACUCCUAAUACUUAGAUGUCAGUGCCGACUAACCUUGCUGGAUCGAUAGUCUGUUAGUACUACCAAGCCAUGUCGAAACGAAGAAUCCAAAUGACGUUUCCACGCUGUCUAGUCCUGUCACGUACCUAGAUCAAUCUUCUUGAUACUCGACGCUGAUGAUGUGCAGAUUUGCAUUAACGCUGUCC